AUGCUAACGCGGCACACCAGUCAUGAUUCAAAAGGAUUAUCAAUUUUUUUGGAUGAUUAUAGAAGCGGCAAAAUUAUUGAUUCCUCAGCAAAGCCUGUGACGUGCGCUUUUGGAUUUGGACGACGAUUUCCUGUCGAUUGUGAUUCGUCAUUUUUACCACAAAACGGCUUAGGGCUGCUUGCCCAACAGUAUACCUUUCCAGACCAAGGUACAUCUACUAGGCUCGUAGCCAAGAUAGUAUAG